UUAGCUAAUGCUGUCUUAAAGUUAGUUAUUAGAGCUUCCUUUUGCUUUUUAGCACAGAAAAAUGGAUUCGGACUUUUUUAACAUCACCAAUACUACGACUGGAAAUGUACAGCCCCGUUUAGAUGUGUUUAAAACUCUGUUUUACUCUUGUGUUAUUGGAAUCACGCUUUACAGUUAUACCAAUCUUUAUUACAAGUUAAGACAACGUUGCUCACUUUUUGAAACUCCUUGGACCAUUGAACCAGGGGUAAAACAAGAUUUUAUUUUCAAAGAAAGAUUUGAUUUUUACAAUCUUCUGGAAAAACAAUCCAACGACAAAAAAAAUUUGCGCGAGCAAUUACUUAAUAGAGCCCUAGAAGUUUAUAAAGCAGUGGAUUUCUACAAAGAAAAAGAGGAAGAAAUUAGACGCAUGAUCACUGCCGGUCUUUUCGAUCACGUUCAUCUACUUAAUCUUAAAGAUGAAGUAAAAUUUAUAGAUACAGAAGUUCAGGAGAUUAAGGAACACGCGAGAUCCAUUCAAGAAGGCUUUGAAGACCAAGUAUUUCAACAAGCCCAGCGCAUGCACUCACAAAAAAAGGAACUUAAUAAGAAACUAAGAUUUAAAAAAUUGAAAAACGAGGGUUUAACGAAGUCUCCACAACCCGAACUGGAAUGGGCUAAAAUGGAAGCCGACAGGAAUGCUCGUGAGCUUUUGGAGAUGGAGGGCUUCUCCAACUUUGAGAUCAACAGGAUCGGAAAGAGGACCAGCAAAACUAGGAAGCUUGGCCACGGCCAAAAGUCUAAAAGAAAAUAAUUAUUAUAAAU